UUGGGGUGGCUUUUUUUUUUUUGGUCAUUCUUCGGCCUUCGGUGAGCUUCAGUCAGAUUUUUAUCACCCCGCCAGCCCCUCACAGACACCCGCCAGCGCUGUUAUUUUUCGCUUCGCUCAUAACUGGUGGCUAUGGUCAGUCAUGCUCAGCGGUUCCGCGCACGCAAGGUCGACCUCCGACGCGCCUUGCCCGUCUACCGCGCGACGGACCUCGACGACCUAGAGGAUGACGAUAACCGGCAAGUCGAUGCCAUCGAGACUGGCGUGGAAAAGGACGAGGAGGCGGAGCACCAUCUGCAAGCGGCCAUCUCAGCCACACACGCGGCACACACGGGCGGCGCGCCGGCCAAGCAGGUGUACAUCCCGACGCCAGAUGCGUCGAAGCGCAUACCGGGCUACGAUAGGCUGUACCGCAAGGACUUCAAAUGCCCGACGUCGCUAAUCCGGUCGUCCGAGACUGUCGAGGAGUGCUGCGCACCCAUGUAUUGCAUGGAUGACAACGACGACACAUGGCUGGCGGCGACGAAUAAGAAACGGGGGAAGGUGGGGCUGCUGCAGCUCAGCGCCGACCAGUUCGAAGCUGCCAUGGACCAGCUGGAAACGCUAACCAAGGACAUGGUUUUCACACGGGUAGAGGACAUCCCAACCAUCGAGUACCUUGCAGCCCAUGCAGCUGACCGCGAUCGGCCAUUCGAUGUGUCGACAAUCGGGGUUGUGUUUGAGCACUGGCAGGAGCGGCGACAAAAGGCCGAAUUCAAGCCAAUCAUACCAGCGCUGCAGUUCGAGGACGUGUCGAAGACCGAGAUUGACCCGUAUGUGUGUUUCCGGCGACGCGAGGUGCGCCAGGGCCGCAAGACCCGGCGGGCGGAUCAGAGAUCACUGGAGCAGAUGCGGCGGAUGCGCAGCAAUCUGGCAUCUGUGGCACAGCUCCUGGACUCGUGCUUGGCACGCGAGCAGGCCAAGCUGGAGAUCUCAACCGAGUCGCUGACCAUCACACACCAGCGGGCCAAUGUGCUGCGCAUGCGCCGCAAGCUCAACGCAACGGUGCAGGAGUUCGACGACCUGUUUGUGCCGCCAGUGCAGCAGCGCAAGCGGAUGGGAGCUCGCGAUCCGACCCAGCGUGGCGCUCGUGGCAAUGCCCGCAAGCCCAGGAUUGCUUCGGGGCUGGCCACUGCUGCUGCCGCUGCUGCCGCUGCUGCCGCUGCUUCGGGCAAUGCGUCGCCGCGUGUGGCCUCUGCACUUGGCGACGCGGUUGUGCCCCAGCCGUAUGCACUCCCGCGGACAGUACCAGUGCACCAGUACCCGGCACCCAAGCAUAUGGUCGAGAUGCAGGAGCAGCUGCGGUCACGUGUAGCAGAGCAUGACCAGCAGCUGAAUGGCGGCUGGGUCGACGCAACCUUCAAUGGUGGUCUCUUGCUGCACACAAACCCAGCGAUCAACCCAUUAAUGGCGUCGUUCUGGUCGCCGCAGACGACGCCUGCCCAUGCAUACCGCGUGCGUCGUGGACGACUCGGCAGAAUGUACCUGGACCGCAGGACUGUGCGCUCGCACUCCGUGCCCACGAGAAGGUGCAAAAAUACAGACUCGGGUUGCUGAAGCCAGACGAUUUCGCCAAACUGCGACCCAGCCAGUCGAACAAGUCUGUGCCAGCACUGUCAUCUGUGGGCUGCCUGAGGACUUACUUAAGCCGUUUACGUUCACAGCAUUGCUAGUCGACGCUGGCCAGCAGGGCAGCGUGAGGCAGCCACAGUCGCAGCCCCUGACACCGCCCAAUGCCAAUAAUGUGCCCACUGACAGUGUGUCGGCCAUGAAGUUGUCGCUGUCAUCGGUGUCAUCGUCAUCAUCAUCGUCAACGACAGUGGGCCAGC